AUGGAUUCCGACAGACUGUUGACUGUUUCUGAAGAGAAGAUCAUUUGGCCCAACCAGUUUAAUCAGGAACGGCCUCUUUCACUCUGUAAUGAGAAAUGCCAUCCAGGCUAUAGAAAGACCAAAAUUGAAGGACGAUCAUUUUGCUGCUAUAAUUGCACUCUAUGUCCAAAGGGGAAGAUUUCAGACCAGACAGAUAUGGAUGAUUGCUUCCAGUGCCCAGAAGAUCAGUAUCCAAACAACCACCAGGAUUUAUGCAUGCCAAAGCAUGUAAUUUACCUAUCCUUCAAAGAACUAUUGGGGGCCGGCUUAGCUACAUCAGCUCUUGUGCUUUCUUUUAUCACAAUACUGGUGUUAGGAAUCUUCUUGAAGUACCACAACACUCCCAUCAUCAAAGCCAACAACCGCAGCCUCUCCUACACCCUCCUCAUUUCCCUCCUCCUCUCCUUCCUUUGUUCUCUGCUUUUCAUUGGUCGACCCGUGAAGGUGACCUGUCUCCUUCGACAGACUGCUUUUGGAAUCAUCUUCUCAGUGGCUGUUUCUUGCAUGUUGGCCAAAACCAUCAUUGUGGUUCUUGCUUUCAUGGCCACCAAACCAGGAUCAAGGAUGAGGACAUGGGUUGGGAAUAGACUGGCCCUUUUCAUUGUUCUUUCCUGUUCUCUUGUUCAAAGUACCUUUUGUACUGUAUGGCUUGGAACUUCUCCCCCCUUCCCAAAUAUAGAUAUGUGGUCCAUAAGUAGUGAAAUAAUUAUAGAAUGUAAUGAAGGAUCUGUUGCAAUGUUUUAUUCUAUUUUAGGUUUUAUGGGUUUCCUGGCUAUAGUCAGUUUUAUUGCAGCUUUCUUAGCUAGGAAGUUACCAGACACAUUUCAGGAAACCAAGUCAAUUACUUUCAGCAUGCUGGUGUUUUGCAGUGUCUGGUUGUCUUUUGUGCCUGCCUAUAUAAGCACCAAAGGAAAAUACACAACAGCUGUGGAGAUCUUUGCCAUCUUGGCCUCUAGUGCUGGGCUCCUGGCUUUUAUCUUUUUCCCAAAAUGUUACAUCAUUAUAAUUAGACCAGAUCUUAAUAAAAGGGAGCAAUUAACAAAAAGAGUGAAUUAAACUAUAUUUUCAACUUUUUUUGUUUCCUCCACUG